UUUUGAAGCCGGCCGAAAUGGGGCCGGGUUAAACUGCCCGCCGCCGGACGAGCAGCGCGGCCAAGAAUGGAACGGUCGGCGGAGCUCAGCCCCGAAGCCGUGCUGCGCUUCCUCUCGGAGCGCGGGGGUCGGGCCCCGCACGCCGAGCUGGUGCAGCACUUCAGGGGUGCCCUGGGCGGCGAGCCCGAGCAACGUACCCGCGCCCGCGCCCUUUUCAAGGAGCUGGUCAAUGCCGUAGCCACGGUGCGCACCGACCCUGCCGACGGCUCUAAGUACGUGCACCUUAAAAAGAGGUUCUUGGAGGGGGCCACGUCGUCCGAAGCCGUGUCCCCACGGGACCUGCCGAGCAUCUCGGUGACUGCAGAACCCGAAUCCAGCAGCUGCUCCCUGGGGGCACCCGACGGCCUGGUCGAGACCCGGGAGAGCGGCCUGUGCCCAGAGGCGGCGUCCCCGAGUCCGGGUUGCGAGCCGAGCGAUGGGGAGCCCCGGGCCGAAGCGCUUGGGCAGCCAAGCCCGGCCGGAGAGAGCCGGAAUGGGCCGCCCUUCAACGGCGGGGCCCGGAGGAAAAACUCGCGGCGAGACGUGCAGACUCCCCCCCGGGGACCAGUCCCCGGGCCCAGCGAGGACCUAGCGCCCCCGCCCCACGGCUGCGGGGAAAUGGACUCGGGCAGCUCCCCCGGGGGGGUGGCUACCCCAAAGUCUACCCGCCAGAACCUCCGGGACCUUGUGAUGGGCAGCUCCCCGCAGCUGAAGAGGAGCGUUUGUCCAGGAGGGAGCAGCCCGGGGAGCUCCUCUGGGGGAGUACGUGGUAAAGGCGGGGGCGACUCAGACAGCGCAUCGGUCGCUUCGUCCUCGGCAGAGGAGGAGAGCAGCGGCGGGGGUUCGGUGACGCUGGACCCUCUAGAACACGCGUGGAUGCUCUCAGCCUCAGACGGCAAGUGGGACAGCCUGGAAGGGUUGCUCACCUGCGAGCCUGGCCUGCUCGCCAAGCGAGACUUCAUCACCGGCUUCACCUGCCUGCACUGGGCCGCCAAGCAUGGCAGGCAGGAGCUCCUGGCCAUGCUGGUCAACUUCGCUAACAAACACCAGCUGCCAGUGAACAUCAACGCCAGGACAAGCGGAGGCUACACUGCCCUGCACUUAGCUGCCAUGCACGGGCACGUGGAGGUGGUGAAGUUGCUGGUGGGGGCUUACGACGCAGACGUGGACAUCAGGGACUACAGUGGGAAAAAGGCCUGUCAGUACCUGAGUCAGAGCAUCGCGGAGGAAAUCAAGAACCUGGUGGGAGCCCUGGACGAGGACGAUGGAGAGAGUGCCACUGGCAGCGGGGGUGGGCGCUGGAGGCUUUCAAAGGUGCUCCCUUCACACCUCAUCACCUACAAACUCUCACACGUCCUGGAGGAUGGAGGGGAUCAUCACCAUCAUCAUCACCACCACCACCACCACCAAUUGACUGAGGGAUGGGCUGGAGGCAAAGCAAAGGAUCCAGGUCGCAAGGCCUCCGGCAGCUCUAGUGGACGAAUAAAACCCAGACUCAACAAAAUCCGCUUCAGGACCCAGAUCAUCCACACUACACCCUCUUUCAGAGACCCGGAGCAGCCACUGGAGGAGGGGGAGGAGGAAGAGGAGGAACGGGCUCUUAAAGGUCACUCAUCUUCAUUCAAAUUGAGGCCGAAAUCCAAUGUAUUUGGGUAAAAAUAAUUUCGUUUAGAAAAUUCUAGGUUUAUUGGUCUUCAGGAAUAGAAUACACACUGUAGGCUAGUAAGUGAGACCAGAAAAGAGGCUAAAUUCUGCAUUCUUACCUGGGGAGUUGCAAUGGCUGGAAGGAAUUCCCCUAGCAUUCUGGGUUAAGUAGGUUUCCAAGUGAUUUCAUCAAACCUGCCCUAGGCCUCUCUAUCCUGUGCCACCCCUCUGACGUGGAGUCCCUGUUUCUGAGGACUGGGAAUGUAUUUAAAUUGGGUGUACAGAAUUGAUAAUUGAGGGUUCCUUUGAUUUUACAAUUACUGGAUGCCAUGCAAAAUAAGGAAUAUUGCACUUUUAUGUUUCUGUUUUUUAAAAGUGGUUACUCUUCCAAGGGCAACAAGGAGUGCAAGUUAUAAUGAAAUUUUAAGUGAACAAAACUACAUACUGCCUUGGUUUUUUGUUUUUUACUAAUUGCAUUUACUUUUUAAAAUACUACUGCAGGUCAGGUCAAAGUUGAAAAGCGAAAAUACUAUUUAGUGAAUAAAAAUGGUAUCCUGUUUAUAUUGUAAGUAGUGCUCAACUAUUUUUUUAAAAAAGCAAUUUCAACUCUAAUCACUGAACUAAAGAAAUAAGCAGUAUUCAUUUUUGAGGUAAUCUGUAGUGUGGUUUCCUCUUAACUCUAGUAUCAUUGCACUCAGUGUUAAGGUACAUUAUUAAUACAAAAAUUAUUUUAUUUAAAGAGAACACUUAACCUAUGGUACUUUUAAGUAAAACAUUGCCUUUGGUUCUGAUUCUCACUAAUUUGUUUUGUUACUCUAAAAGUCUAAAUUUGCCAGAGUUUUAAUUCUAGGGAUCAUAAAACCAUUGGUUCUAUUUGACAAGACCCUGUUUGGUGGUACUUAGAAGUGAAUUGCCUACAGAAGCUGUUUCUGAUUUAGAUGACUAGCAAAAAUUGGCAUAAAUGUUAGUGAGCCUAUGCUUCUGUGAAGUAAUUAUUAAAUCAAUGAUUCUCACGUAAGGUACACUUUACUAAUAAAGUACACUCAUAGUCUGUGCUUUAUAGCAAUGUUUGCAUAUGUUUCUAAUACUAAAGACUUUAAAUUUUCCAGUGUUUCCUUGAAUUUAUUAGAGGCGUACAGUGAAAUUAUAGAAAAGCUGUGUAGUAAAUCUACCCAGUUAAAAAUAGCACUUUAUAAAAGGGAAAAGAGGUGGAACUAUUUCUUUAUUUAAAAGCUGCUGGCUAUUGAAUUCUUUUUGUAUAUAAGUGGAAAAAUACCUUUCAUUAAGAUUACAGAGUUAGUGUAGUUCUUAAUCACAUUUCAUUCAAAUUUGUUAAAUGUCUAUAUAAUUAUUAUAAAAUUUAACUCACAAGCUUAUUAAAUCAAUUUGUAACAAGAUUCAAAACAACUUCCUGGGAGAUUAAUUCUCACAAGUUCUGCUCCCUUAGUCUUUUUGGUCUCCGAACUGCUGAAACUAAGUACCUGGAGCCCUUAGAGGUUAAGGAGUGAGUUAACAGCUUGCAGAGUGAAUGAACCAGUAUAUAAAUGGCACAGAACUGAAGGUUAGAGAGUUCUUAGAUCUUUACCAGUUUUUAGAAAUUUGUACCAUGUGUGUCACACCUUUCUAGAUAGCAAUUGAAUUUGUUUAAAGACAUAUCAGAAAUAUUCACAUAAAAUACAUAAAUUAUUACCCAUUUGUGUGGCUUUUGGUUUUUAGAUUAUGGAAGUAGGCUAUGUACAAUUGGGAAGCACUUUUAACCAUACAUAUGGGUAAAAACAGUAAUUUUGUAUAUUAGAGGUUCCUUGAAGAUGAAAAGCAGUCAUUUGUUUGGAAUUAUUUAUAUAUAUCUAUACGUAUCUCUCUCUUUCUCUCUCUAUAUAUAUAUACCUGUAUCUAGUGCAGAACAAGCUAUAUAACUUCCCACCGAGGAAUCUUACAUUUCAUUGACAUAAAAAGCUAAAAUGAGCUAUGGAAUGUAGAUACUUCAGAACCAUCUAAAUGUUCUAUUGAGGUCGGUAUUAAUCUCAAAACGUAUAUAUUAGUAACUAAUUGCACAAAAUCUAUAAUUUACUGGAUCUUUAGAAGUUGAGUCAGUAUUUCAGUUUGACCUGCUUUUCACACUAAAGAUUUAACUUCCAAUAAAAUCUAACUUUAAAUUUUCAAAAAUCAUUCCUAAGAGGAACCACUUCUAGCAUUCCUUGUCAUGAUGUGCUUGUGUGCAAUGAGUAUAGCAUUUUCAGCUACUUAAACUCUACAUUCCUCUUCUUUUUCAGUUUCCAAAUUGAGAUUAUUAAAAGCAAAUGAUAUGUGUAAUUUGAUUUUAUGGAGUUGUCUGCCGUUAAUGGAAAUAAGUAUGUCAAUUACUUAGAUGUUUGUUGAUACAAAACUGUGUGAUAUAGACAACCCAAGUAUGUCCAUGUGUUUCUUAUAGGUACACUUGAAACUAGUGAAUGUUUGGUCACAAUUCUCUUCACUUUCAUGGUGUGUAAAAUGCAGCUAGUUUAUAUAACUUGAAAAUCUGGUACUAUUUUAUUCAUGACUGAAAUCUUGGGAGUCCAGGAUGCCUUGUCUCUUAUUUUUUAAAUGAGUGAAACUUUGGGAGUUUAUAGAGUGUGUAAUUUGUAAAAGUUUGUUUUGUCAAAAUAAAAGG